CUCAAUUAUCCUACUGGCUGCCUUGUUGGGUCUGCGUGGUGCUGGUCUCCGGGCAGGAGCCCUAUGCCCCUCACUCCAUCAGGCUGGAAGGAGAUAUGACUCUUGGAGGGCUCUUCCCCGUCCAUGCCAGGGGGGUGGCAGGCAUGCCUUGCGGGGACAUCAGGAAAGAGAACGGGAUCCACCGUCUGGAAGCCAUGCUCUAUGCUAUCGACCAGAUCAACAGCGACCCGGAGCUUCUGCCCAACGUCACCCUGGGGGCACGGAUCUUGGACACCUGCUCCAGGGAUACCUAUGCGCUGGAGCAGUCUCUGACCUUUGUGCAGGCUCUCAUCCAGAAGGAUGCCUCGGAUGCCCGCUGUACCAACGGGGAGCCACCUGUCUAUGUGCGCCCCGAGAAAGUGGUGGGAGUCAUUGGGGCAUCGGAAAGUUCGGUGUCCAUCAUGGUGGCCAACAUCCUGCGCCUCUUCCAGAUCCCGCAGGUGAGUUACGGCUCCACGGCUCCAGAGCUGAGCGACGACCGCCGGUACGAUUUCUUCUCCAGAGUGGUCCCGCCGGACUCCUUCCAGGCCCAGGCCAUGGUGGACAUUGUGAAGGCGAUGGGAUGGAACUACGUCUCCACCCUGGCAUCGGAGGGAAGCUACGGGGAGAAGGGGGUGGAGUCCUUCAUGCAGAUCUCCCGGGAAGAAGGAGGACUCUGCAUCGCCCAGUCCCUGAAAAUCCCCAACGACCGUAAAGCCAGCGAUUAUGACAAGCUAGUCCGACAACUGCUGGAGACGCCCCAGGCUCGGGGCGUGGUGGUCUUUGCUGUGGAUGACAAUGACAUCAGACAGGUUUUGGCUGCAGUAAAGAGAGCCGACAAAGUGGGGCACUUCAUUUGGGUGGGAUCGGACAGCUGGGGGACCAAGCUCGGCCCAAUAAGCCACCUGGAAGAUGUGGCCGAAGGUGCCAUCACCAUCCUGCCCAAGCGAGCCACCAUUGAAGGCUUUGAUGCGUAUUUCACAUCGCGGACCCUGGAGAAUAACCGCAGGAAUGUGUGGUUCGCUGAGUAUUGGGAAGAGAACUUUAACUGCAAGCUAACCAUUACCGGCUCAAAGAAAGAGGACACCGACCGCAAGUGUACAGGUCAGGAGCGUAUUGGUCAAGACUCCCCGUAUGAACAGGAUGGACGAGUCCAGUUUGUGGUAGACGCUGUGUAUGCCAUGGCUCACGCCCUGCACAAUAUGAUAAAAGACCUCUGCCCGGGUUCUUCCGGACUUUGCCCAGCUGUGGACCCCCCAGUGGGGAAGAAGCUUCUGAAAUACAUCCGAAACGUCAACUUUAAUGGUAGCGCCGGUACCCCGGUUCUCUUUAAUAAGAAUGGUGAUGCUCUGGGACGGUAUGACAUUUUCCAGUACCAGACGGGGAACCAAAGCACUCCGGGCUAUCGGCUCAUCGGACAGUGGACGGACGAACUCCAGCUCAAUAUUGAAGACAUGCAGUGGCCGAAAGGAUUGCAUGACAUUCCAACUUCCGUUUGUAGCUUGCCUUGCAAAAUGGGGGAGAGGAAGAAGAUAGCGAAAGGCAUGCCUUGCUGCUGGCAGUGUGACCCAUGCGAUGGCUACAAAUACCUGCUGGACGAGGUCACCUGUUUUCGUUGUGACUUCAGCAUGCGCCCCAAUAAAAACCGCACCGGCUGUGACCCUAUCCCCAUUAUCAAGCUGGAGUGGCACUCUCCCUGGGCUGUGAUUCCAGUCUUUUUGGCUAUGCUUGGAAUAAUCGCUACUAUCUUCGUUAUGGCCACCUUCAUACGGUACAAUGACACCCCGAUAGUACGGGCAACUGGCAGGGAACUCAGCUACGUCCUGCUCACGGGGAUCUUCCUCUGCUACAUCAUCACUUUCCUCAUGAUAGCAAAGCCGGACUUGGCCGUCUGCUCCUUCCGGCGCAUCUUCUUAGGGUUGGGAAUGUGCAUCAGUUACGCCGCCCUUUUAACCAAAACCAACCGGAUCUACCGGAUCUUUGAGCAGGGUAAGAAGUCGGUGACGGCACCACGGCUCAUCAGCCCAACCUCGCAGCUGGCCAUCACCUCUAGUUUAAUAUCGAUCCAACUUUUGGGAGUUUUUAUUUGGUUUGGAGUCAAUCCUCCCAACAUCAUCAUUGACUAUGGCCCGGAAACACCGGAUCCGGAACAGCGCCGUGGGGUCCUGAAAUGUGACAUUACGGAUCUACAAAUUAUCUGUUCCCUGGGAUACAGCAUCCUUCUUAUGGUAACAUGCACUGUGUACGCCAUCAAGACCAGGGGUGUCCCAGAGAAUUUCAACGAAGCAAAGCCAAUUGGCUUUACUAUGUACACAACCUGUAUAGUUUGGUUGGCCUUCAUUCCAAUAUUUUUUGGAACGUCACAAUCUGCAGAAAAACUCUACAUCCAGACCACCACGCUCACCAUCUCCAUGAAUCUUAGUGCCUCGGUGGCUCUGGGGAUGCUCUACAUGCCCAAGGUGUACAUCAUCAUCUUCCACCCGGAGCUGAAUGUCCAGAAACGCAAGCGCAGCUUUAAGGCGGUGGUGACGGCAGCCACAAUGUCAUCGCGUUUGUCACACAAGCCCAGUGACCGGCCCAACGGGGAAGCCAAGACAGAGCUCUGCGAGAAUGUCAACCCAAACAGUCCAGCAACGAAGAAAAAAUACGUCAGCUACAACAACUUGGUGAUCUAGACGGCCUGCUCAUGAGCGUCAGUAGGAGCAGCUCCAUUUUCACUCUUGCGUUGUGUGGUGCGGCUUGCUCCCCCUCCACCCCGUGCCUCUCCUACAGCGGCCAAUCAUGAGAGGAGAGGGGCUUGCUGGGACAUGAAGGUGCACGGCCCGUUGAGGAUCGGGGGAUAGCUGCUUCAUCCGAGCCAUCUGAACUGUUCUCGGCUCGACCUUUUCUCGGGGACAAGCCAGGACCAAAGGAUGAGCGCCCAGCCCCGCGUCAAGCAAGUUUGUGAGCGGGAGUUUUACCAGGGCUCUCCCGUCAUAUAUUUUUUUGGGGACCAUCAGACUCAAACCUUUCUGUACAGUUUCUGAGGACUUUUUGCAUACAAAAAUCAAACCCUCCCCCACCCCCUUUUCCUUUCAUGUCCUGCUUUUCUUUCACCGCCUGGGGAGUCCAUUUUCAUUCGAUGCCUCCUCUCCCCAUCAACGAGCACUUGGCUUCCAUGUUGACACGCAUCACCUGUACAAUUCACUGAUCGGACCGGUCGGCCUUGUCUGGUUUUCUUUUAUUAUUUUUUUGGUUUUAUAUAUAUAUAUAUAUAUAUUUUUUUUUUUUCUUCAUGUCAUCAUGCGUUUACCUCGUUCCCUUUGUUGUGUUUACUUCCUUUAUGCAUUAAUGAACAACAAGGUUUUUUUUUUUUUGGACAAGAAAAAAAAAGACCAAAAACUGUGUGUGUUAAAUGCAGACCGUUCCUGAGCGUGAUUGGCUGGCGGGAUCUGGAAUGCGAUUGGCUGGCGCCAGGCGGUCUCCUGUUUCCGGAUGCAUGUUCUCUCGCUUUCUCUCUUUCUCUGCAUUAUUUUGAGUUUUUUUUAUUUUCUGUCGGAGGACUCUGCUGUUUGUGUUUGAUUUCUCUUCAUUUGCACCGUGGCCGUCGGGGGGUUUCUGCAGACGGGAAGUGGGUUGCGUUGGAGCCCCGCCCCUGAGGGGAAUCUCCUCUAAGCUGGGUCAGUGAAGGUCACUACGUGGACUCAGAUGUGGCAA